GGGGCGCCAUGCGCCGUGUCAUGGAGGCGCAGUGUGCGGGCGGCCGUUGACGGUGCCGGAGCUGCUGCGGAGCGGCGCGGCCGGGGCGGCCCCGGCGACCCCCGACCCACUCCCGGUGCGCUCCCGGCGCCCGCCGCAGCCGCAGCGACCCUCGCGGCCGCUCUCGGCCACCCUCCCUCGCCAGUGCGGAACCGCGGGAGGGGGGGCAAUGGAGAUGAAGAAGCGCAUCAACCUGGAGUUGCGGAACCGGGCCCCCGAGAAGGUGACAGAGUUGGUGCUCGAUAACUGCCGGUCCAGCAACGGGGAGAUCGAAGGGCUCAACGACUCAUUUAAGGAGCUGCAGUUUCUCAGCAUGGCCAACGUUGAGCUGACGUCGCUGGCCAAACUCCCCACGUUGAGUAAGCUCCGAAAGCUGGAGUUGAGUGACAACGUCAUCUCUGGAGGCCUGGAGGUCCUUGCAGAGAGAUGUCCUAAUCUCACAUAUCUCAAUCUAAGUGGCAACAAAAUCAAAGAUCUUGGCACUGUGGAAGCUCUUCAAAAUCUGAAGAAUUUGAAGAGUCUUGACCUGUUCAACUGUGAGAUUACAAACCUUGAGGACUACAGGGACAGCAUCUUUGAGCUGCUCCAGCAGAUCACAUACCUGGAUGGGUUUGAUCAGGAGGACAACGAGGCACCAGACUCAGAAGAUGAUGAUGAUGAAGGGGAUGAAGAUGAUGAUGAUGAUGAGAAUGAAGCUGGGCCUCCAGGAGAAUAUGAAGAGGAAGAUGAUGAAGAUGAUGGAGCUUCAGAUUUGGGGGAAGGUGAAGAGGAGGAGGAAGUUGGUCUUUCAUACCUGAUGAAAGAAGAAAUUCAGGAUGAAGAGGAUGAUGAUGACUAUGUUGAAGGAGGUGAUGAGGAGGAAGAAGCAGAGGGUGUCCGAGGGGAGAAGAGGAAACGAGAGCCCGAGGAUGAAGGCGAGGAAGAGGAGGAUUAAUUUGCAGGACCAGACUCUCCAGUUACGGAAGACGCAAUAGUGAUUAUGCAGCUCUGUAUGUCCAUGUACCAUAGAUGUCCUGACAGAAAUCCUAUGUUAACUUUUUAUAGCAGAAGUGUGGUUUUACUAUUCCUGCCCCUUUUAUCAUUCCAGAUAAGCUCUGAUAGCCCAUAGGGAACCUUCUGUAGAGAACAAUUUUCAGCCCCUAUAAUCACUGAAGCCAUUGGCAAAUUCCCCCCACCAGACUUUUCUUUGGAGCUCUUUAAUUUCGUACAAUCUUGCUGUGUUGGUCAUUGUUAGCCCUGAAUCCAACCCCAUGUCCCAUGGGUUUAAUAUUGGGAGUUUUCAUUCAGGAUCUUAAAGUUUUUAAGCUUAAAAAGCUGAACUGAAAAGUGCUCUACAGCGAAUUCCCCACUCUCUUAAAUCAGUUGACUCUAGGCCAAGUUUUCCAUGGAUUCAACUGGAAACCCCCAACUAGAUGAUACCUGAGUUUCAGUUUUUUAAAAGGUGACUCCUGUGAUUUUUUUUUUUUUUUGAAGGCUCCUCUCUAUUUUGGGUAUUCCAGGGUAAAGCCUCAGUGGGUUUCAGAAGAUGUUUUUGUUUUCCUGCUUGCUCCAAUGUUCAGUGUUUGGAGUAUUCACUAGAUUCCUUCAAAGGUGUAUUUUGGCAAACUGAAAGAGUUGUGAUCCUUUAAGGGUUGCAAUCCAUAAAUUUUCUCCCAAGUCCGUUGUCACUGCAGGUAUUAACGAAGCAAUUAAUGUGUAGUUUUAAACCUUUUUGCCAGAAAUCUUUGUUAAACUUUCACUCACUUUGCUCUUGCAUUGUCAUUCUGGGAAUUCUGCACCACUCAUGGCUAUAAAAUGUAUAAAAUAGAUGAAAUAUGCAUUUCUGAUGCAGAAGUGAACGGGUAACUCCUCCAAGCGUGUUGUUUUCCACCCCCCCCCAGCUUUCCUAGAACUGUUGAAGGGAAGAAUGAACCCAAGUUGGCCCUUCUCUGCACAUCACCUCUUAAACUGUUUAAAUCUGGCUGUAAAACGCCUCGUUUGUGUGUAACAGUUGGGAAUAUUUGGUGGUUUAUGUUGAGUGGCUGCAGAGACACGUCAGGAGUGAGCAUGGGGGACGUGCAGAGAAGCUUUUUAUCUAGCAGCCUUUAUAAUUCCUAAUCUGCCCCAAUGUAUCAUCUUUUCCUGUUGGAAACAAAUUCUGACUUCUGGCAUUCCUCCUUCAGGCGUGAUCUGGGUUUCACACAGUGUAGUCGUGGUAUCACACUGACUGACAUUGUCUCACGUAGGUCCUGAACCAAAUAUCACACACAGCUUUAUUCCAGAGACUUAUUUUUGUAUCUGUCCUGGCUGUCAAUAGCUGCCAGAAACUGGGGAGAGCCUGCAGGUGGGAGGAGGGAAAUUCCUGGGCCUAAGAGAGUCGGUCCCUCAUCGCCUGGUUCCCUGUGGAUGUUCCUUAGGAAUUUCACACACUGGUUCAGUGUGACCUCCAGCUCUUCGGUGGAGUUUAGAUCACGCAGGGUUGAAGUUCUGCAAAGUGUGUGGUUUUUUUCCCCCCCAACUAGAGCCUUAACUCUGGGUUUCUCCUGUAGCUGUGUAGCGGGGCCGAACCUUCCCGGCCUCGAAGCGGAGUCUGGCGGGCGGUGGUGCACUCGGGAACAACUGACUCCUUGGGCUUUUGUGUUUUUUUUUAAGGGAUAUCUCUAAAGACACUAGAAAAGCUGUGGUGAAACUUCCUUUGCAGCCACAACCAAGUCCUGUGUUUGUGAUGAGUCCUGGGUGGGUCAGUGCAUGGUUGUCAUGUCCUGAAGGCUCUGGGCGAGGCACUCGCUCGGUGCUCAGCUUUGAGAGAAAAAGUGUUUUCCCAUCCUUUUGCUUCUUGUCUUUAGAUUGAAACUUGUUAUUUAUAAGUGUGUACGUUAGAGCACCUCCAUGUCAGGGUUUUACUUAACUCUCUGUUACUGAUGCAGAUAAAAUUAGUUUUAAAUGGAAAAAAAAAUUAAAAAAAAAAAAAAAGAGUCUAUUUUGAUGGAUUAAAAUAAUGUGGGUAGUGGGCUUGUUUGGAUAAGCGAGUCCAGCUCCUGAGACCAGACAGACUGAGCUCCGAGGGGUGACAGCCAGACUUCCCACUUCCCAAACACCCGCAGUGCCGUGCGUCAGCCACCACGUGGAACCUGAGCCCCUCAGCAACCCAAGAAUCUGUCCCAGUGUCACCAUCCCCUGUCCUGUGUCCUCCGCUCGGCAUGCAGCAACAGCGUUUUUUAACGAGGAAUUCAGAGCCUCCAGAUAACUUUUGAAACUUUUUUGCUUGGUGGGUGGUCUUUUCAUGCAAAUACGUCAGGGUGGGUUUUAUAUUUUGUAGAGGUUUUGUCCUAUUUUAAUGCUCUUUGUAUGGCAGUCUGUAUAUAGUGUGGUUUGGUUCCUUCUCCGACUCUUUCCUGAAACUUUGGAGUAACUGAUUUUGUGCAACUGUGUUUUGAAUAAAGCCAUGACAGUGUUAAAUUAAAGACAACAGCCCUGCAGCACUCUUCUGGUAACUUUUAGUUGUAACAAAACAUGUUUCCUCCCCAUGUGUGCUGUAAAUUUUAAAUUAAAAAGUUUUCAAACCGAAUUAUUUCAAAUAAAUUGAGACUAUUGUAUUGGA